CUGCACAAGAUACACGACCAUCGCAGAAUAUUGCAGAAUGGACUUGCCUUUCAAGGUUGUGUUACUCGGGAAGGAACGAGUGGGGAAAACAAGCCUGUUUAAUAGGUUCCUGAAAGAUAGAUUCGACAGUGGUACCACUAGAAGGACCACCGGUACGUCAUACGGCGACAAAGCGAUUGAGGUGGACGGCAGAAAUAUUUACGUCGGCCUGUGGGACACAGCAGGAGUGGAAAAAUUUCACGCCCUGUCUCCAUUCUACUUUCGAGGGGCCCAGGCUGCUGUAGUCUGUUAUGACGUCACAAGCAAACCAAGCUUCGAAGAGGCCAUGCUGUGCGUCAAAAGCAUGAAAGCAUACGAAGAGGCUUGCAAGAUUUACUUAACAGGUACCAAGUUUGAUCUCGUGGAUUCGGGCAGAAAGAAAAAAGUGUCCCUACAGAGCGUCACGGAGUAUGCACAAGAUAUCGCCGCGGAAGUCUUCGAAACGUCCAGCAAAACUGGUUACAAUGUCAAGGAAUUGUUUUUGAAGAUUGCAAAGGAUUUUGCUGAAGUUUCAAUGGAGCCAAGAGUUGAAGCCUUUGAUGCCAAUGCGGACACCAUUACAUUGGAGGAAGUGCCAAGUAAAACAUCAAAGACCACCUGCAGCUGCUAGCCGACCAAAUAGCGUGUAGAAGAACCAUCCACGUAACCCUGGCGACCAGAAGUAGAAGCUGUUGCUAUAGGAUGGCACGGCGCAGGCGCAAAAGUGGUGCGCAUGCGUCAUCUUCAACCAAAGACUCAAUUCCGAUUCAUGCAUUUGUAGGUCACCUGAACCUUUCAAGUUCAUUUUGGGAACCUGAGAAUAAAAAGAGCAGCAACAAAAUGAAAGUCUCACUACAAGUCCAAGCUGGUUAAAGAUUGGAAUGAUUUAAUUUUGUGAUAAAUAAUGUUUACAUUUUUAAAGCCACGUUUUCCAAAAAAGUCCGAAAGUGAGGCUUCUGAUGAUCUGCCACAUGUCAUAAGACAAAUUUAGAGACAGAGAUCAAAAUGGUUUGCUUGUGAUAAAGGUCUAAUGACCUAUUGUCUUUGUGCUCUUCUUUUCAUUUUUAAAGUCUUAAGUGGAUAUAAAUGGGCCUUUCGUAACAUAAACUUACUCAGUAAGUUACAUACCGUAAGUAAUACGGUAAGUUAAGAGGGGAGAUAAUCCCCCACUUUGUUGAAAUUAUAAGGAGAUUUCCAAUUAAGAUGGCUUUUAUUGGCGCAUAUAAGUUACCAGAGACAGAGUCACUUAGUCACUUUUUCCUUCUGGAAAUCAAUUAGUUUAAUCUGUGGGCAUUGUGCUAACUAGAAAGCUGUACUGAUUUUGAAAAUCAGUUCAUCACUGAGACCUACAUCAAUAUCCCUGUGAAUAAAUAAAAAUCCAUAACACCAUUUGGGCGUAGCGUUUGGUGUAAAUUACCAAACUUCCUAUUCUCGCCCUAAUCUCUGCGGCAAAAGCUGGUUCCGACGGCAGUUAUUCAUAUGUCAUGUAGUAUACUCCUUAUAAUAGGCCUUACAAUCACAGAUUUUGUCGACUUUAGGGUUGAAGAAGCUCUGAAUGCCGAAAGGAAGAAUUUAAUACAUGUACAUGCUAAUUCCUCAAUUUUGGAAAAGGAUAAACGAUUAAAGUGAUUCUCCCUUUCUUA